AUGCCUGAAAACCGAAGCGUCAAGGCCGCCCUCGCACUAAUCGACCGGGACCCUACGAAGAUUCUUGGCCUGGCAGUAGGGCCUCACGCCAAUGUGAAAGCAGGCCAAUACAUCCCUAAAGCUGAUGCCCAAUCCCACCCCACACUCUCAUUCGACGUCCCCUCCACGUCAGCAACUUACAUGGUCGUUAGUCUUGACAUCGAUGCCCCGAAUGGCCAGCUGGAAGUGACCAAGCCGUUUGUCGCGAACUACAUCGGGCCCGCGCCACCACCGGGUAGCUCGCCGCAUCGGUAUGUCUUCUUUCUGUAUGAGCAGCCCGAGGAGUUUGACGGCAAGAAAUAUGCACCGCCGGAUGGCCAGAACUUGGGUAAUUGGCAUCGCAUGCGGUAUGAUCUUGAUGCGUGGGAGAAGGAGAUUGGUCUCGGACCGGUGUUAGCGGUUAAUUAUUUCACCAGUAAUUAG